AUGGUCGAAACUGUCGUGACCGCUGUUUUAGAAGUUGGCAAGUCCUUGGCUUCUCCCAUUGGGCGUCAAUUUAUGUACUUGUACAACUACCGGAGCAACUUUGAGAAAAUGAAAAAAGAAGUUACGAAGCUGAAGGAUGCAAGAGACGAAGUGAAGGAUAAGGUUGAUGCUGCUGUAAAAAAUGUGGAAAAGAUCAAACAUAGUGUUAAGGAUUGGCAGGAGAAUGUGAAUUCCACCAUUGAUGAAGCAGAGAAGUUGAUUCGAAAGAAAGAAACCAGCUACCGAUGUUUCAACUUGAUGACCUCCUACAAAAAUGGGAGGAAAGCAUCGAAACAGGUGGAGGCUCUAAGUGAACUCCUCAAGGACAAAGCAACAUUCGGUGAAGUUUCCCUUCCAACUAUUAUUGAAGACAGACGGUUGAUUAACAACGAUUACAAGGCAUUUGAAUCAAGAAACGCCAUUUUGAAUGAUGUAUUGACGGCAUUAAACGAUGAUGAGAGGAAAACAAUUGGGAUUUAUGGGAUGGGCGGCAUUGGUAAGACCACGCUGGUGAAAGAAAUUGGUAACCAAGCCAAGAAAAAGCAGCUCUUCGAUGAGGUGGUUUUGGUAGAGGUACCUCAGAAUCCCAGCACUGAAAGGAUUCAAGAAGAAGUCGCUCAGCAGUUAGGACUGAAAUUUGAUACCGAGACUGAAAAAGCGAGUAAGUUGUAUGCACGAUUGAAUAACAAGGAGAAGAAGAUCCUAAUCAUAUUAGAUAAUCUUUGGGAAGCUAUUGAUUUGAAGACUAUAGGAAUUCCUGAUGGAGAUGAUAACGGGAGGUGUAAAUUAUUGCUGACAACAAGAGAACGAGAUGUGUUGCUGAACAUGGGUUCAAGAAUUUUCCAGAUUGACAAUUUAAGUGAAGAAGAGAGUUGGAGGCUCUUUAAGAGUACGGCAUGGCCAGAUUAUGAUGAUGAUGGAAUUUAG